GUUCUCGGUAGCAUGAGUUUAGAGGCAAGUGCUUUCUACAAUGGAGUCACCAGCUACUUUUCCUCAGGUUCUAAAUAGCAAAACAAAAUCAUUGGGGACUCUAGAAACACAGUGGAUGUACCAUAAUGCAGUUCAGUGGGACGCUGAAUGUCAGAGUAUAGAAUCACCAUGCUAUGUGCUAACUGUAAGAAUCAUACGAAUGCGCAACCUUCAUCAGGCAGAUUAUUUAAGUGAAGCAGAUUGUUAUGUGAGCUUGUGGCUGCCUACUGCCUCAUUGGAAAAAGCCCGGACAAAAACAGUUUCAAACUGCAGAGAUCCAGUGUGGAAUGAAACUUUCUACUUCAGGAUCCAGAGUCAGGUUAAGAAUGUCUUGGAAUUGGCUGUAUGUGAUGAAGAUGUCAUUCGAGAUGACAACGACCAUAUUGUUUUGUUUGACAUAGCGAAAGUCCCACUUGGAGAAUCCAUGUUUAUGAAAUUUGAAUUAAAUGCCCAGAAACAAGAAGAGUUGGAGGUUGAAUUUACACUGGAGCCAAUACAGGGUCCACCUGAAAUGAUAACUAGUAAUGGAGCAGUGGUGUGUCGUGAAUGUUGCUGCUUGGAGGUUCAGGGGAGUCAGAAGAAAAAGAAGAAAAAGAAAAAGCGUUCUAAACAACAAGAUAUCAAGUGCACAUUGAAAGGAUCCUUUGAAGAAACCCAAAACAUUUCACUAGGCUGCGCCUCCGCCUUGCAUUUCACUGAACCUUCCUUCUUCCAUUACACCAGGCAUAAGCAAGGAGAGCUGGAUGUUGUGAUCCCAAGGAAGAGAUCGCUUUAUUCCUUUUGUUCCUGUGUUUCUGGUCGACCAGGUUGGAACAGGAACAGGAACUGGGCCCUGCCUGUGAAUUUGCUCCCCAUUGAUCAGGAAGUAAUAAAAGAGGAGAAAGACUUUAAUUUACACUUCAAAGCAAAGAAAUGCGCACCAUGUCCUGAUGUACGUUUGGGAUUUGAUCUCUGCGCGGAAGAAAAAGAAUUCCUGCAGAAGCGAAAGAAGGUGGCUGCUGCUGCUUUUAAAAGGGUUCUGCAGCUUGAGAAAGAUCUGCAGGAUGAUGAGGUGCCGGUGGUGGCAAUUAUGACAACAGGUGGUGGGAUCAGAGCACUGACAGCAUUGUAUGCCCACCUGUUGACUCUCCAGAGGUUCGGUGUUUUGGAUUGUGUUUUCUACCUCACUGGCUUAUCUGGCACAACAUGGACACUGUCAAAAUUGUAUGAGGACCCUAACUGGUCAUGUAAUGAUUUAGAAGGUCUUCUCACUGAUGUCCACAAGCAAGUGAGAAAAAACAAGUUCCUUGCAAGUUUUUCUCCGGAACGCCUGAAAUAUUAUGUAGAGGAGUUGUGGCAGCGGUACCAAGAAGGGCAUAGUAUAUCUUUUACAGAUCUGUGGGGACUCAUCAUUGAAUCUAUGCUGCGUGAUGGGAAAAAUCCUCAUAAACUCACAGAUCAGCAGCAAGCUUUGACUCUUGGCCAGAACCCACUGCCUGUGUACCUGUGUCUCAAUGUGAAGGAAAAACUGAGUAAUAGGGGAUUUAGAGAAUGGUUGGAGUUCACCCCAUAUGAAAUAGGAUUCCAAAAAUAUGGAGCCUACAUUCGGGCUGAGCAUUUUGGUAGUGAAUUCUUCAUGGGUCAUCUGAUGAAGAAAAUCCCAGAAUCCCGGAUUUGCUACUUGGAAGGAAUCUGGAGUAGUGUAUUUUCUGUGAAUCUUAUGGAUGCCUGGUUUUUGACUGUGAGUUCAGAAGAUUUUUGGCAGGCAUGGACACGAGAAAGAGUAACUGACAUUGAUGAGUCUCCUUGGUAUCCAAAGGCACAUGAACUACCUACUCGCAAGCAGUGUCCUCCGGAUAGCCUUGCCAGUAUUUUUCAAGACAUUAUAAUGUGGCGACCAGCAGUUUCAGUAAUCCCUAAUUUUUUGAGAGGCUGCCCAAUGCACAACAAGUAUCUAGAGAGUAAAUUUUCAGAGUGGAAAGACUGUGAUCUUGACAGUUUUCCUAAUCAGCUGACGGGAUCUGAAGAUUACCUGUAUCUGGUAGAUAAUGCGUUUGCCCUUGAUACCAGCUACCCACCACUUCUGAGGCCAGAGAGAAAAGUGGAUUUAUUCAUUCAUUUAAAUUACAGCUCAGGAGCACAAUUAGCGCCUCUGCAAAAAGCCUCCGAUUACUUCUCAAAUCAAGGAAUUCCAUUCCCCAAAAAUGUACCUAGAGAUGAACAUGUGAAGGAGUGCUACUUGAUUGGAGAAGAGGAAAGCCCUGAAACUCCUGUGGUGCUGAUUUUUCCCUUGGUUUGUGACACUUUCAGAGAAUACAAAGCACCUGGUGUAAAACGUACUCCUGAAGAGAUGCCAGAUGGUGAGGUUGAUGUUGCUAGUACUGUUGGACCUUAUGAUAUAAAUACUUUGCGAUAUCCAGAGGAAGAUUAUGAAAAACUGGUCAAAUUGAGUCAAUACAAUAUCCAAAACAACAAAGACAUGCUAAUGAGGGCUUUACGAAUAGCUGUGGAACGGAAAAGGCAGCAUAACAAUAGCUAGCAGCUUCAUAAUUUAUGAUGGCCAUAUUUGAGUCUUAGAAGAGAGACUCUCAACUCCUUUACAUAUUCGUCAACAGUGCAGUAUAACAGACACUCCAUUCUAGAAUGAAAAACACAAAGAAUAUUAAAGAGACUACCCAAUCUUUUUAAAGAGAAGAUGUGUGUGCUAUCUUUUGGAAAAUCAAUCAGUCGUAAAGGAUGAAACACAACACUAAUUACUAUACAGCAUCUAUCAAGAAAUGAAGCAGAGUGAUCAAGUAAUGCAAGAACAGAGAACCAUUUACUGCGAAACUAUUUGGGAAUGGUCUGAACUAGUUAUAAUAGAAAUGCAUCUUUGAAUAAAAUAUUGUAAUGUUGCUAUGUUGAUGCUUUUUAUUAUCUACAUAUUCCAUGGACAAAAUUUCAUUCCCAACAGAUCUCUUUUCCUUUGGACUGGGCACAUCUUAAGAUAUUGUUUCAUGUUUCUGUACUAAUUAUGUAUGAACUAGAGUUUUGUGUAGAGAUUAUUUUACUUUGGUAUAGCAUGAUUGGUGCUAAUUUAAAAAUAAAAACCAUUUUUUCUUGGCUCCAUAACGUCACUUGGUGUCACUUUAUAAAAGGACUCAUAGGCAGAAACAGUCUUCUUUUGCUGAAUCUAUUUAGUCCUACCUAGCAGCACUAAUUAAUUUGCUGGUGAGAUACAAAAUGGGUUGAUGUCUGCAACCAUCAGCACCCAUGCAAUCAAAACUGUUAAAGAUCGUGGCACCAACACUUAUGUUUUGAUAAUUUUGGA